AUGGCCGGGCCGCGGGCUCUGCUCCGGCAAUGCCCGCUGCUGCUGCCGCAGGACCGCCACGGCACCGCCUACGAGGGCUUUGUCACGGCCCAGGGUAGAAACUUCCACAUCAGGAUACUGCUACCAGUAGAUUUGCAAUUGAAAAAUGCCAGGAUAGAGUGCAGCUGGCGGCUGAAGAGGAUCCUGCACGGCUACCGGCACAUUUUGAAGCAGAGGCUGCACAGCUGCCCAGACCUUGUCAGCUUUAUGGUGGAGCUGAAAACUGUUUUGGAAAUUGCUUUAAAGAACACACAAGACCUGCACAUCCCAAGGCCUCCAGAAUACUACUCCUGCCUUGUCAGAGAUCUAGAAAUACUGGGCUGGAAUAGAGUGGCCUAUGUGGACACUGGGCUGAGCACAGUCAAGUUAAAAGCUGAAGAUUCUUGUGGUCGGCAGCAUCUCAUCGCUCUCAAGUUAAAUGCAAAGUAUCCCACAGAACCACCAGAUUGCCUCGUGGAUUUUCCUGUUCCAUUUGCUGUUUCCUGGAUGCCACAGGUAACUGCUGGACUAGCCUUUGACAAGUUAAAAAUGGGGGUGGAUAUACUGAUACUGCCUAACUCCUUAAUAGACAUUUACAACCAGUUCCUGGCAGCACUGGAGUCCCUGAAGGAAUUCUGGGAUGCCCUUGAUGAAAUCGAUGGGAAGACGUGGGUGCUGGAGCCAGAAAAUCCCACACGGAGCGCUACAACCAGGAGAAUUGCAAUAGGGAACAAUGUCUCAGUGAACAUAGAGGUUGAUCCUCGCCAUCCAAACAUGCUUCCAGAGUGUUAUUUCCUUGGGGCAGAUCAUGAAGUGAACCCCCUGAGAACCAAACUCAACAACAACAUGCACUUGUGGGACCCAGAUGUCAGUUUGUUACAGAACUUGAGAGAGCUCCUAGGAAUUGAGUUUCCAUCUCGUGCUGUGUUGGAAAAAAGCGACUUUGCCAAGGACUGUGGGAUCUGCUACGCCUACCGGCUGGAGGGCAGCGCGCCCGACCACGUGUGCGACGAUCCCCGCUGCGGGCAGCCCUUCCACCAGGCCUGUCUCUAUGAGUGGCUACAAGGACUUCCUACCAGCAGACAGAGCUUUAAUGUCAUCUUUGGUGAAUGUCCCUAUUGUAAUAAGCCCCUGACACUAAAAUCUUCAAUGAAGAAACUCUAAAAGCUGCAUUGUGG